UGGAAUCUCUCGUUAACUGAUGGUGUCUACAGUGCCUACAGCGUCACCAGAGUCAUUGGCGGUCAAUUGAAGGACCUCAAACAGCGUGGUGCUCGCAGCCUUUGCCUAGGGGACAGCAUUCUCAUGGCGGUCAAGUGGAGGACCUCAAACAGCGUGGUGCUCGCAGCCAUCGACAACGCAAUGCCUGUAGGCGCCCAUCAGCACGCGAGGAAGCCCGAAGCUCCUGAAGGGAGAUGGUCACAGCCAGCAUGGUGGGGGUAA